UCGCCAACGAUCCGGUUCUCGAAGAGGUUGUUUGAACAAACAUGAAGCUUCUGCUUCCAGUAUUGCUGUUCACCGUGGUGGCCCUCACCGGAGGGCAUCGACUGUUCAGCGAGACCAUUCCGGAGGAUUACUAUCAGCGCCGAGAUCUCAGCGAUUGCAGUGAGCGGUUCCACAAGCGAAGGAUCUUCAACACCCAGUGUUUGAUAUUCGGUGGUGAGCUAGUGAAUGUGACCGAAUUUCCCCAUAUGGCCGUGCUUGGUUGGGCUGGAGAAAUGCCAAACGAACCGAUCCGCUGGAUGUGUGGUGGCUCACUGAUAACGGAACGUUUCGUACUGACGGCCGCUCACUGUGCAUCUGACGACAAUAACGAGGCGCCACGGUAUGUGCGGUUAGGGGAUGUAAAUCUCGCGUCCAGCGACGAUGAUGAAUACGCGCAGCAGUUUGAAAUCAUGCGAAUCAUUCGCCAUCCCAAUCAUCGUUACUCGCGCAAGUAUUUCGAUCUGGCGUUGGUCGAACUCAACGAUACCGUGAGACUCAGUGAAGGUGUCUGCCCUGGGUGUUUGUGGACAAAACACCAACAACCGGACAAUGAUUACGAAACGGCUGGAUUCGGUGCGACCAGUUUCGGUGGCAGCCCGAUACCGGACCUCCUGAAGGCACGACUCCACGCCACGGAUCAUAAAGAGUGUGAGGAGCAAUUUCACAACACCCGAGGACUCGCCGAUGGUAUUGCCAAGGAUCAAUUGUGUGCCGCGAAUGCGCAAUCCGAUACAUGCCAAGGUGAUUCCGGUGGACCGUUGCAAGUGACGUUGUCGAGUUUCUUCCACCACCAUCCGUUUAUUGUUGGCGUUACAUCGUUUGGGCGCGGUUGUGGUACGGGAUCACCCGGUGUCUAUCAACUGCUAGCUGAUCACAUACCCUGGAUCGAAUCGGUAGUGAAUGAAACGAUGAAUCCACUCCAUUGUACCAGCAAAUAUUCGUACUUUCGACACUGGAAGAACCUCAUUCCCGAGUGCUUAAUCCGUGAUGCUUACGUGAGCCGUGUGCGUAUUCUGUGGCCUGACGGAGUGACUGGAUCUUCGGACACGUGCAGUGGCACCCUGAUCGAUUACAACACGGUCGUUACCUCGGCAAGGUGCAUUCGUUCCGGUGGAGACAUCGGACCAAUCGAGGUGGAGCUAAAGGAUGGAAACGAAAUCGAGCGAACGAAAAUCGUCGAGAUACAGAUCCAUCCCGGGUUUCGGGAUUCCUCGUAUCUGAAUGAUGUUGCUCUGCUUCGUUUAGAGAAGUACUUGCAACCCGAUCCACAGUUCGCACCAAGCUGUAUAGCGCUACCGGAGACGUCAGAGGUUUGUGCACCAGGACAAACACACGAUCCCGUCGCUUGUUGGGAUGAGUUCGCGAAGAAGACCAAGUCCAAGCUAGUGGCUCGCGAGUGUAACCAUGGAGCAUACGGUAACAUGACUGUUAGGCUCGUGUGGCCGUCUUUGACCAUCGAAAGAGUGUGUGUAGGGAUGCUGAUUAAGCUGAAUACGGUUAUCAGCUCGAUAAGCUGCAUGGCAGAGGCUGGUACCGAGCCUCCGUUGCACAUCGAGCUUCCUACUGGCGAACGGGUGAACAUCGUCAAGAUAUUGAAACAUGCCGGCCAUAAGGCAAAUGACCGAUCGAGAGACACAGCACUGCUACUGCUGGAACGUGAUCUGAUCGAGCAUAAUGCGCUUGUUCCUUUUUGUAUUCGUCAACAGCAUGGUAGUGACAUGCGCUACGUGUCCGUUCACGCUCCGUACGGCGAGAGUCGCACGUUCUCAAAGGGAGAUAAUGUUUACUUCCCUCUCGUGAAGCGUUGCAGUGAUGCGGUUGCUAACAACUUGACGACGUUGUUCGAUCAAAGCCUGCCAGAUGGAACACGGCAUACGUGCUGGGAUGUCAAUCGACAGGUGACACCGGGAGUCGUUAUACCGGAACAUGGUGCCGGAGUGCUGGACAGCACUCAUCGAUUUAUCUAUGGACUGACAACAUACGCCACGGACUAUGGUUCGGUGGAGCCAAUAGUAACUACCAACCUAACCAGCUACAUCGACUGGAUAACCCGCUUUGUCCUCUAUCGACCUCCAACCGAAGCGGGUCUGGUGUUCCGAGGAGAUGGUAUGGAUGAGUUUGAGCUCGGUAGCGAGUGUACCACACAUGCCGGUACCCGAGGGAACUGCAUGCCAGAGUAUAUGUGUGAGGGAGAAGUGACCGCCCACCAGGGAAACGCCAGGCAGAUCAAGAUCUGUGGAUUCGAGGAUACGAUCAGCUAUAUCUGCUGUCCCCCAGAACAUCAACAGUUCCCGCUAUUUCAACCAAUUAAACCUGUGCUUCUUGAGCGACAGCUUCCGAUUUUACCUUACGAAAACUACCAACCAGAACCACUAGCACCUUUCGAUUCCUUCUUCUUCGAAAGGCCACUCUUGCUGAAUGCCACCCUUGAGCGAUUAGAAUAAAUCAUCUUGCGACUGAUAGGUUAAGGUCUAGGCUUAAGCUAUACUCGCCACGAUACUGCCACUCGAUUCAGCUGUUGUGACAU